AUGGCCGAGGCGUACGCACUGCCGAACCAUGAAGCAGUGACUGUAGCAGAGGUACUGGUGGAGCAGUUCUUCACCAGGUUUGGUGUGCCUGGCGAGCUGCAUUCCGAUCAAGGCCGCGAGUUUGAGUCGGAGGUAUUCGGCGAGUGUUGCCAGCUAAUGGGCCUGCGGAAGACGAGGACAACACCACUGAGGCCGCAGUCUGACGGGAUGGUGGAGCGCUUCAACAGGACACUGGCUCAGGAACUGGCCAAAUACUGUACAGAGGGACAGACAGAGUGGGACCGGAAGCUUCCCGCUCUGCUCAUGGCAUACAGGUCUGCCGCGCACGAGGCCACCACCUACACGCCGGCCCAGCUUAUGAUGGGCCGGGAGCUUCGCCUGCCGGUGGACUUGACAACAGGACGCCCUCCAGAUGAAGAACUGCCUACUGUGGCCACGGACUACGCCAUAGCAAUGCAGGAGCGGCUAGUGGAGGCUCAUCAUCAGGUGCGAGGACGACUUAAGCUGGCAGGCGAGGCCAUGAGGCACCGCUAUGACCGGGGAAGUCGCCCAGCUGAGUUUGCAGCUGGCGACAAGGUGUAG